AUGGCACUCCUUCAAGGGUGGCUCCAUUUACUUCUGCUUCAAGCAGGUCUCUCGGCAGCAUUCCCGUAUCCCAACACUACACUACCGCUGUCCGAUAGAGAUGUAUCCAUAGGUGGAAAUCGGUAUUAUUCGCAGACGCAAGCCCGGGAUCCAACAUGCAAUCAUUCGGAUUAUGACAAGAUAGAUUGCCCUGCUCCGUCCAUCUGCUACCAUCAAAGAGGAGGAGUGCCGGCCUGCUGCCCUCCAGAUACAAACUGCGAUCCGCCGUGGGUACGAGACCCUUCACCUCCCGCCCAGGCUCCCACGCCGUCCCAAUCAGAAUCAAACUCGGAGUCAAAUCAAGCCAACGGAAGCGGCAAUUCAGGUGUAGGUGUCAGUGGCAGCUCGCGGGCGGAAAACCACAAUUCAAACAACUUCAACGUGAGCGUAAGAAAUGCCGGGGCCACAAUUUCUAGAAGCAAACAUGCUGGGUUGCUAUCUAUUCCACUCCUGACAGUGGCGGUCUUGAUUAUGUUGUAA